ACGUGACGUCCGUUCGAGAGAGAAAGAGCCAGCGCGAGUGAAACCGGACGGAUCGUAGACGGACGAUACAGCGGGUGAUCUGUGUUCGACGAGUGACUCGUCUCCACGGCACGGCGGCAGCGUUUGUACGCGAUAAAGACAGCGAGAAUAUCGCCAGGAGACGAUCGCGCGCGAGUGCGGCGACCGGCUGACUGGCACGUCCUCGUCGACGUCGUCGUCAUUGCCGUUGUCGUCGACGGACAAACGUCGUCCUCGCCGUCGUCGUUUCGUUACGCCUCUACUGAAGCGAGGACGCGCGACCGAGCGGAACAGGCGAGAACAGGCCCAGCGGAGCGACUUGGCUACGAGUGAAACAAACUCAUCGCCACGAUGAGCUUUCUAUUUGGGAGCAGGUCUUCUAAGACCUUUAAACCAAAGAAAAACAUACCGGAGGGCACUCACCAAUAUGAUCUGAUGAAACAUGCUGCUGCUACAUUAGGCUCCGGGAAUUUACGACUGGCUGUUAUGCUUCCGGAAGGAGAAGACUUGAACGAAUGGGUGGCUGUUAAUACUGUCGAUUUUUUCAAUCAAAUCAACAUGUUGUACGGCACUAUCACAGAAUUUUGCACGGAGGAAAGUUGUCCUAUCAUGUCAGCUGGACCAAAGUACGAGUAUCAUUGGGCUGACGGCCACACUGUGAAGAAGCCCAUCAAGUGCUCGGCACCCAAAUACAUAGACUAUUUAAUGACUUGGGUGCAGGAUCAGUUGGACGAUGAGACUUUAUUUCCAUCCAAAAUUGGAGUUCCUUUCCCCAAAAAUUUCUUAUCGAUUGCAAAAACUAUUCUGAAGCGAUUAUUCAGAGUAUACGCUCAUAUCUAUCAUCAGCAUUUUAGUGAAGUUGUGCAACUCGGCGAAGAGGCACACUUAAACACGUCGUUCAAGCAUUUUAUAUUCUUCGUUCAGGAGUUUAAUUUGAUCGAGAGAAGAGAGCUGGCACCCUUGCAGGAAUUGAUAGAGAAACUGACUGCGAAAGACGCGCGAUGAGUCCACCUGUCGCCUAUGAACCACCCGUCUCCCCCCCAAAACUUCUCCAAAGAAUCUCUCAACUACAUCAUCUUUGCUAAUCCACACAUGUAACUGUAUUUAAAUGAUCUACUGAUUAUUAACUCCACGAUCUGUCUCUGUCUCGAAACAAGAACCGGCGGUGGUUCAGAAACAAAUGACUGAUAAUGCGAGCCUGCGACAUUUUUUCCGAAAUCUCAUUAUUUCGAUGGCACGUGAAUGUAUUUUGUAUACUUAUUGAGUCGAGAAUAAUGACAGCAGUCCUGAGACAGCGCGUUCGAAACUUUGGAAAACUUUUUCAAACAAAUGGUAUAUUUAUGUGUCCUUUAUUGUCCAUUGUAAUUUAUUGCAUCUUAUCAAUCGCACCGCAGAUAUGUGAAGAAAGAAAGAUAAUCGAACAGUUCGAGAGCGCGUCUCGGUACAAAGUGUCGAUGCAUAUAAAAAAAAGCGAUUCUUAAAUGAAUUCUUUUUUUUUUUUUUUUUUUUUUUUUCAAGAUUAAUGCUCGCGGAUUUCGCAAUUUUGUUAUUAUUUGUCGCUAUUAUCAGAUGUAAAAAUACUGUUGUUUUAUGCUAUUAUACAUGAAUUUAGAGAUUACGUUUCGUACGGCUAUGUGCGAGUGCAACGGCAUAUCGUAAAUUUUGUAUGGUAAUAAUGUGUAAUGUUAAAUUUAAGAAUAGUUUUAAAAAUGAUUCUUUCCUAUCAUUUCGAGUUAAGUAUUGCGGAUUGUAUUUUUUAUUGAAGAGCUGCACUUUGUUAGCAAUACAUAUUAUAUAUUAAUAUUAUAUAUAAUACAUAUUAUACAUAACAAAUUACAUAUAAUAUAUAUUAUAUAUAAUACAUAUUAUAUAUACAAGCUGUUGAAAGAAAACAGAGUUAACGCGCAAUGCUACGUAUCGCUAUUACUACAUAAUGGCUAUUUUAAGAUAGUCCUGUCAAGCGCUUAUAUAGACUUAUUUAUACGACUAGGAUUUUUGUACGCGUUUUGUCCCCGUAGAGUGAUACUUCCCGCUUAAUCCGCUUUUCGAAUACCGUAGUCAGGCCGCGUGCGUCGCCUUACUGCAAUUUCUCGUCAAUUUUCCGUUUCUUACGUCUCGAAGAAAGUCCGAUAUCCUUCAUACUACCAAUUGCUAUCGAGCAGCAGUCUAAUCGUCCACAAAGUUUAAAUCGCGACGUCCAGCUUCACAAAAAUGCUUUUAUAUAGUCGGUACUUAAUAAAAGAAUACUAACUGUGCAACUCUCGGUCUAAUUAUCGCGUCAGAAAUUGCACAAGAGUCUUAAAUAUUAAUAAUCGAUCAACGUCGCUGAUUACUAUUACUCGCAUAAGGUGACGAACGUAUCGAGUAAUUUUGUCAUUUUUUUCGGUAAACUACGUAAAUCGUAACGUUAUAUGAUAAAUCUUUAGAGAAAUUUCAAAGUGCUGAGAAAGUGAUUUAAAAAGGAAAUAAUAUUUUUUUUAUUUUAGUAGACGCUAAGAAUUUAAUCGCGCGAACUUUGUGUGUGUGUGCGUGUGUGUGCACGCACGCACACACACACAAAACACAUGUAUAUCGACGUAUUUUAUUAUAACGACACAAAAUAGUGGUUAACGACGUAAGGUGAUAACGCUGAUAUCGCUAGUAUCGUCGCCGGAAAAGAGAGGCGGCGCAUAUACACGCCUGGAUGUAGACAUAAAUAAUAACGAUAAUAAUAAUAAUAACGAUAAUGAAUGAUUAUACUCGGUACUUAAGGAAGGGUGACAAAAAGCGGAGAGUGAGGAGCUCUCACACAUAGUUGCGCGCAUUCUUUGGGAAUGGUAUAAUUUCGUGAUCGCGAUCGAUGAUAGUCUAUUAGAAGACUAUUUCGCGUUUUUGACGACACAAGUGUUACAAAUGAUUAUUUUUCGUUUUAUAUACACUUCUACGAGCGUUAGCCAUGUCGCGACGCUAACGCUAUUAUUUACCCGUGAUGUUUAGACGCUUACCUUAGCGAUGAUUCCCUUCGUCGGAAAACACGUGUCCUUUUCCUUUCUCCUUUGAGCGACUUUUCGCGGCGUGAGUGCGCGCGUGUGCCUCAAACGCGACCGUCCAACACGGUCGUGCGAAACGCGACGAUCCUCUCCGAGCAACUCGUUCUGAAAUUCUAAAAAAAGUUUUGCAGAAGAUUAGUGGAAGAUUAAGAAGUUAACACUAGAAGAAGCGAAUUCGCGAGGAUAAUCCUUCUCUAGCAUUCGCAAGUUCUUUUAUAGACAUUUAUUCAACAUAAGUAGUUUUGAAAAAAAUUUUUAAUUUUUGUUCUUAGCUAGCCAUUUCGAAGAAAAAUAACAUUUAUCUUCAAAACAGUUAUCUUUUGAUAGUUCUUCAUCUUCAGCUUUUUUAAUAUUAAAAUUGCGCAUACGUAAAAUGCAAUUAUAAGUGAAUCAUUCAAAGAUUGAACGCUCACGAGGUGAUGACAAAAAAAAAUUAGUAAAAUGUUUAGAUUCCGUGAAUUGACCAAAUUGUGAAUACCAAUACAACAAUAACAUGUUGUCAAGUCAAGUGCCCAUUUUUACAUGGGCCUAUAUGAAUAUUCUCGCGAAAUCCUUUCGAGAUAAUUUUUUACGCGCCAGAAAAGACGAUUGUUUUCAAAUAAGGUUGUAUUUCUUCGUUCGGAACGGCCUUUCGCGGAGAGUUCUCAGCGAUCAACUGUCCGCUCGUCUGAUAGUAACGCUAGUGAUAUAUGUGCAAUGUAAAUAAUAUUUUUCACGAUUAAAAAUGAAAAGCCCUUGCGCCUUCGGCGCGUGAGCCGCGUCUAAAAAUGUUUAUAGUCCUGAAUAUAAUCUUGUAAUCUUUCUGUAAUAAAUAUAUCGUUCCGAUUGUA